CAUUUGUGCGACGAUCGACUCGCUGCCACAUGAUCGGAUUGGUUCACCGUGCGAUCUUCCAGAGUUCAACGUUCCUCGUCCGCUCCCAGGUCUCGCAAGGCUCUCGCUCGAACUCGCCUGAACGGACAGCGACAUCAUCAGACUGGCAGCGAUGACCGUCGACAUUGACCCCACUACGCAGGCGAACUACACAAAGAUCGCUUCCGAGCAUGUCCACUUCGACUGGACCGUUGACUGGGCCAAGCAGGUCAUCUCCGGAUCCGCAACUCACACCCUGGUCGUGCGGGAGGACAAUGUGAACGAAGUGGUUCUAGAUGCGUUCGCUCUGAACGUCGAGAAGGCGUUCGUGGAGGACAAGGAGACUACGUUCUCCCUGGACCCUAGCCACCCAGUCAUGGGUGCAGCCCUCCAUGUGCCCUUGCCGUCCGGCCUCAAGGUAGGCGAACAGGUCAAGAGCACCAUCCACUACAGCACGACCAAGGACUGCAUGGCGCUCCAAUGGCUAGACAAAGAGCAAACACAAGGCAAAACCUUCCCCUACCUCUUCAGCCAGUGCCAGCCCAUCUACGCACGGAGCCUCGCGCCGCUCCAGGACACGCCAUCCGUGAAAAUCACGUACUCCGCAAACGUAGCCUCCAUAAUCCCCGUCCUCCUCUCCGCCAUCCGCGUCUCGCCGCCUUCCGACGGGCCCGCACACGACGGGAAGGAGAUUGGCAAGGACAUAGUGACCUACACAUACAAGCAGCCAGUGCCGAUUCCGUCCUACCUGAUCGCCAUCGCCGCCGGCAACGUCCGCUACCGCGCGUGCCCCAGCAUCGAAGGCAAGCAGUGGAAGACGGGCGUGUGGGCCGAGCCCGAGUUCAUCGACUCCGCGUACUGGGAGUUUGGGGAAGCCAUCAACAAGUUCAUGCUGAAGGCAGAGUCUGUCUUGCCGCCUUACAGGUUUGGUGUAUAUGAUGUGCUCGUUCUCCCCCCGUCGUUCCCGUACGGUGGCAUGGAGAAUGCGUGUUUGACGUUCCUUACACCGACGCUCCUCGUCGGUGACCGCUCGCUAGUCGACGUCGUAGUCCACGAGCUCUCCCACUCAUGGUUCGGAAACGGCGUAACCCAAGCACACUCGACCCACUUCUGGCUGAACGAAGGCUGGACGACCUACAUGGAGCGCCUGAUCCUCGAGUACCUGCACGGGCCCGCCGAGCGCGGCUUCAGCUACCUCAUCGGCGCCAAGUCACUGAAGGACGACCUCGAGCUGUACAAGGACCAGCCCAAGUACCAGCGUCUGGUGAUCGACUUCGAAAAGGGCGAGGACCCGGAUGAUGCCUACAGCAAGGUGCCGUACGAGAAGGGGUCGAACUUGAUUCUGCACCUUGAGCAAACACUGGGCGGACUGGAUGUCUUCCUCCCUUACGUCUACGACUACGCGGCGACAUACUUGGGCAAGAGCAUCACCACCACCGACUGGAAGUCACAUCUAUACGCUUACUACCAGAAGCACAACAAAGACAAGGUCAAGGCAUUGGACAGCAUCGACUGGGAUGCCUGGCUAUAUGGCGAAGGCACGGAGCUGCCCGUCAAGAUGCAGUACGACACGACACUGGCUGAACAAGCAUACACCCUCGCCACGAAGUGGGAUGCCUCUCGACACACCAGCGACGUGUCGAGCCUGCCUUUCACGGAGUCCGACCUCGACGGAUUCGGCUCGAACCAGAUCGUCGUCUUCCUCGAACGCCUACACUCCUACCCCGCCCUGCCGGGCACACACAUCACGUUCAUGGGCAAUCUCUACAAGCUCUCCUCGACGACGAACGCCGAGAUCCGGCUGCGCUUCUACGAGGUCGCCUUCCUCGACCCGCAGUCGUCCGCCGCCAAGGCGCUCGCACCCGAGGCCGCGAAGUGGGUGACGGGCGAGGACGGCACGGGCGUCGUGAAGGGGCGCAUGAAGUUCUGCCGCCCGGUGUUCAGGGACGUCUACAAGGUCGACCGGGAGCUGGCCGUGAAGUACUUCACGGCGAAGAAGGAUUCGUACCAUCCCAUUGCGAGACGGUUGAUUGAAAAGGAUCUUGGUCUGGCAUAAGCUCGACAACACGGCGGUUGAAGGCAUGUCGUUCGGACGACCUCACACAUUAACUGUACCAUUACA